AUGGGUAACAAACAACAAAAAGCAGCAGAUCUUUUGGACUUCUAUCUUCGAGAUCCUGCUGCAGGAAACAAUGUAACUCUUUGUCAGAACCAGACUUCCAAUAACAGUGAAAAUACGUGGGAAGAAUGUGAUCCUCAUUUUGUUGAAGACGCUUUACUAAGCCAACCACAUUUAUUACCCUUGACGCAACAAGUAAUCUGCGCUGCACUAUUCGGUGCUACGAUAUUAGUCGCUGUUGCGGGUAAUGCAAUCGUGUCGUGGAUCAUUCUUGCGCACAGUAGAAUGAGAACAAUAAGAAACCUCUUCCUCCUCAACUUGGCCAUUGCAGAUUUUUUGCGGGCCGGAAACGCUUCGUUCAAUUUCGUCUUCAUGUUGAAAAGUCAUUGGCCGUUCGGUGAAGUGCUCUGUAUCUUUAGCAAUUUCAUUGCUAAUAUUUCAGUGUCAACUUCAGGGUUGACACUCUUCGCUAUGAUUAUAAACAGGUACAUAGCAAUUUUGCGGCCUCGACGACCUAGUUUGUCAAAGGGGUGGACUUAUGUCACACUGUGUGCAGUGUGGCUAAAUGCAGCAGCUCUAUCAAGUCCAUCUCUGAUGUAUUCGACAACUAAAGUCCUGUAUGCUGACAGGGGACACCGAACCAUUUGUUAUAUGGUUUGGCCUGAUGGACCAGCUGGACAUUCAUAUACAGAUUACUUGUAUCAGAUUGUCUUUUCGAUGGCCACGUAUGUGGUUCCUCUGAGUUCAAUGGCCAUUACUUGUAUCUGGGUUGGCUGCGUCCGUGAGACUUUAGGAAACUCCGGCACUCACUCUGAACAGAAGGGAGCCCGCAUGAUGUAUGCCCUUGGUAUACUGCUUGGUGUGUGUUGGCUCCCUCAUUAUAUUGGCUAUUUUCUGUACUACAAUUAUCAAGAGGAAUUACGUGCACUGCAAGCUCAACCCGAAUUGACAUUUUACCUAAUUUCCCUCUCCAAGUGCUGCUGGAAUCCUAUUAUCUACUACUUGAUGGACAAAAGAGUGAGAUCUUUUCGUUUAGAAGACAUUGUAGCUAAGAUACAAGCACAGUUGAACAGAGAUGCAUCCUUUCGAAGAAGUGACAAGAAAACAGUUGAAGACUUCCAAUUGCUACACAUUCAUGUUGGUUCUUUGGAGGAAGGAAAACCUGAAUAA